UUGGCGGCGCUGUGGAGGCAGGCGGCGGCGGGGGCGCGGGCGGGGGUCUAACUCAGGGGCAGCAGCACUUCUUUACCGCCCCCCCCAACGGGAGUUCUUUGAAAGCAAAGAGGAGCCCCCAAAACGGGUUGGGGCGAACCGAGGAGGAGGAGGAGGAGGAGGAGGAGGAGGUGAAGGAAGAGGAAGAGGAGGAGGAGGAGAAGGAGGAGGAGGAGGAGAUGGAGAUGGAGAUGGAGGAGGAGGAGGUGGAGGAGGAGGAGGAGAUGGAGAAGGAGGAGAUGGAGGAGGCGGAGGAGAUGGAGGAGAUGGAGGAAGUGAACGUGUCAUUGGGGGCCCUGCCCGCUCCCCCCUCUCCCGCCUCCCACCAGUCAGACAGUAUGCUUCAGCUGAUCAAACAGUAUUCCUGGAAGCUCUCACCACUCUCAGAAGAAGGAGGAAGGAAUAUGGGAACUGAGGAGAGGCUGAGGAGCCUAAGUAAUGAGUCACUCAGCAGCUAGGUUCUCUUGAUUCAGUUUGCUCCUGCUGCCUGCUUCUGUGCUCCAGCCAUCCACUCCUGCCUCCAGUCAUUCGCUCUGGACCUGCUUGACCCAGAUCACUCUCCCAGUCCCAACCCACUCCGGCCCUGGCCCCAUCCCCCAUCCCCCAGCCCCAGCCCCAGCUGAUCUCCAGCCUCCGAACUAGAUCGCCCCAGGCCAGCCCCAGGACCCAGGCUGCUGGUAGCUGCCACUGUAUCUUCAGAAUCACAAACCAACUGGUAAAAACUGGGGUGUUCUUUCCUUAGACAACAAUUAGCCUCCACAUGGCAGGGGACCUCAGGGGGGUGAACGAGAAGAAGGAAGAGACUUUUCCAAAUAGGAAGUUGAUUACAAGUAUGGCGUAUUCUAUGAGAGAGCAGUGCAUUUCCUAUUUCAAAGGAUAUUUUUUAAGUGCGUUGAUCCUUUUACUUAAUUUACCUGAGAUUCAGGGGAGAAAUUCAUCUCCCUGCAACUCUUUUCCAUUUGGGCCUGCCCAAUUUGAGAUUCCUAAAACCCAUGUUCUUCCUUGCUAUGGAAAAUCCUACCACAGUACUGGCAAAAGGCAUCUCAACGGAUAAAGCAAAGCAAAACAAAACAAAAACGAAGUUUAAAGAGACUGGAGGUUAUAUUUUUAAGGCUUUUCAGACUCCAAUGUUUUAUAAAAAUCUCUGUAUUUUAUUGCAUUUUGCUGAUUGUUUUGUUUAAGAUUUAAUUUUGUUGGUUUUAAGUUCAUAUGUUAAUGUAUUUAAUACUAUUCUGUUACACUGAAUCAUUUUAAUGUACUGGGUUUUAACUACUGUUAUAUUAUUUUGCUUUCCCCUAUAACUAUACUGAAUAAACAUUAUUGAAUAAGCCCAUAUAUAUAAAACAGCCUUUUUUUCUAUUUUGACUUUGUAAAUUGUCACAUAGAGGAUGCACAGACUUCAUCAAAACUGGUUAAAAUUGUGUAACAACCUUUGGAAGAUUUAAUGAGCUAAAUGUCUCAAAUUGAUUUUAAGGGGUCUUUAGACAUUAUUUUUAGAUUUUUUUCAACAACUCUGAUCCUUUUGCCUGCCUCUAACAGGAGGUAAGGUCAAGUUUAGUAGAUGAAGUGAAAUACAAUUAUAAUCCCCACCUCCCACAUUUAUAAAAAUGUGAAUGGAUGGGAUAUCACAGUCUCAUACCAAAGGAGCUGGGAAGUUAAUCCCAGGGCAUCGUACCUCUGAAUGGCUCCCAAAAGAGGAGCAUCUCUCAUUUAUAACUCUUCAGGUCACUUUACCUUUUAACCAGAAUGAUAUCUGGAUUUCUUGAUGAUGUUCUAGACCCAAAUAAGUUUUACUUUGUUUAAAAAUGUAUUUGCCAAGGUUGAAAUAUUGCUACGCCUGUAAAAAUUGUCACAAAAGGUUUUUUUAUGUCAUACAGCAACUUAUGUGAAAUAUGAUAGUGGGUUUGUUUGCUAUCAUAAUUAAUUGGGCUAUUGAGAAUUUUGGGGAUAUUGGUACUUUUUGAAUUUGCAUUACAUGUUGUACUACUGUUAUUUAUAAAAAAAACUGUUACCUUGUGAAAAUCAUUUGCUUGCACUCACAGUGGAUCAUAGCCAGAUAUGAAGAGGAAAUGGAUCUUAUUUUUGGUGAGAAGCCUUGUAUUCUACAUUUCCUUACCUGACACAGUGUGUCAAUGAUUUUAAAUUAUAUACAUUUUUUAUUUUUAAAACUCUUUUAUAUUGUUUUUGCUUGCAUGUGCAAUAAACUAUUUCAGUUUUUAUUUUUUCUCUCCUUUUAUAUUUGAAGCAUGUCACCAGUAUUGAGAUUUUCUUUAACUUUUUUUGAUUUUGCAGUAAUAUAAGUUUAAAAUUCAUUUGCUAUAAUGUCAAUGCAUACCCAAAAAGCUUGAGACUAUAAAAAUGAUGCCAUUAAUUGUUUAAAAAGAUUUAUGGGACUUUGCUUAAUGAUUCUGUCUGGUUCCAGGACAAGAGAAUACAAAAGAGCCAUUGCACAGUGCCAAAGAAGCACAAAGCUAAAUUGCAUAGUGCCUAUUGAGCACAAGGUCAAAGAGACCAACAAAUCCUGGUGGGAUUGAUUUUGAGCCAUGGCAAGAGGACUUGAACAUGUUUGAGUUUGUGGCUGUUUAACAUGGGUUAAAGGCAGGUCUUCCUUGUUCCACAUUCUACCAAGUAUUUUGAGUUCUAAAUUUUUAUUAUUAGAGAUAAUUUAAUUUUUACACAGCUAGAUUGCCACAUUUGUUGCCAUAUAAUUGGGCAUAAUAGUUUUUAAUGA